ACUGAAUGGUGGUAGUGGGCAUCUUAGGCCCAGAAUCAAAACUUUAUUUUAUUAUUUAAUUUAUCUCAGGUCUUCAAUGUAUUUAACCUAAUAUGGUUCCAGAGGACCGGUGAAGCAGGUCACGAACCCGCUAGACCAUCAGUACUUUAAAUGCAAGAGUCAUUUAAAUGCAAAUGCAGAACUUAUUCCACACAAAACCUUGUGAAUCAAUGGUCUUUAUACUGAAAUGCAGGUUUAUGCUGUGGUGUCAGCACUGAUAGGUUACUGCUGCGUAAACAUGGAUUUCAAUCUCACGGUCACAUUCUGCAUGCAUAAGCACCGCCCCCAUUAUUCAAAAACUCUAAGGUAGUUUGUCACAAAUACCCUGAUGGAAUAAACCACCGCUCAGAAAGUUGUUGCCUACUCAGAUUAUUGCAAGCAUCUUGCUGUAUUCUCAAAUUAGAGAAAAAUGACCAACCAGUCUCUUCAUGUGAAAAUUGACAAGUGGAUUGCUGAGAAUGAGAGUUCAUUCCUACCUCCUGUAUGCAACAAAUUAAUGUUCUUUUAUCAACUGAAUAUUAUGUAUGUUGGUGGUCCAAAUGUAAGGAAGGAUUAUCACAUUGAGGAAGGGGAAGAGCUCUUUUACCAGGUGAGGGGCGACAUGGUUUUGAAAGUGAUAGAGAACGGCAGGCAUAAAGACAUACACAUUCGAGAAGGAGAGAUGUUCCUGCUUCCAGCACGGAUUCCCCAUUCUCCUCAGAGAUACGCAAACACAGUAGGGCUGGUGGUGGAGAGGAGGAGGCUUCGCUCAGAGACAGAUGGCCUCAGGUACUUUGUGGAUAAUAGUACAGAUGUCUUGUUUGAACGUUGGUUCUACUGUGAGAACCUGGGAACCCAACUUGUUCCCAUCAUCAAAGAUGAAGCCAAUAUUUGGAUAAAACUGAAUAUGGUGGUAAAUGCAAUUUACAUAUCCAGUAACUGUUUAAUUCUUGCAGCUGAACCCAUAAAGCCAACCCCAUACACACUCAACACUAUGAAGGUGAUGGCACCUUUCUGCACGUUUCUCUUUGGUCCGGGUACAUCUGAAAACUCUAGAAGAAAAACUGAUGGCUGGAUCUGGCAACUGGAGGGCUCCUCCAGCGUCUUCAUGAAUGGCAAAGAGUUCAACCUGUCUAUAGGGGAUUGCCUUCUUAUUUUUGGAGAGACAGAGUAUCAGUGGAAACGAUCACUUGAUUGUGUCGCUUUGUAUGUUGCCCAAGACCCAGACAGGAAGAGGCCAUACUGACACACACAUAUACACAAGAACACUGGUUUAGGACAAAAUGUAUCAGCAAUUUUUAAUUAUGACAUUCUUUCUAAUGCAGUUUUUAUUGUAAUGCUUAUGUACCCACAGUUUCCAUAGUAUCAUGUCCACAAUAAUCACAAUAUCCACACAUUAGCAGACAAAACAUAAUGCUCCAUGUAUUAGGCCUUAAAUAAUAAAAAUAAACUAAGCUCUUAAAUAUCUUUAAACACUCUAUGCAUGACAAAGUGCAAGUCCACAAAAGGGUAAAUUUCCAUCAUAAUCAGUAGUAUUGCUUAAUUUAAUGUAAUGUCUUCUACACCUACAGUAAGAAUAAUAUAUAUAUAUAUAUAUAUAUAUAUAUAUAUAUAUAUAUAUAUAUAUAUAUCUCACUGGCUAUAGUGUUGGUACUGUAGGUUGAGUUGGUAUCUAAAAUGUAAAAUGGUUUGGUACCAUCACAUUUUGAUACCUGACAACAAUAUGCUCCUAUUCAGUGGUGUUUUAUAGAGAACAAUGCUAAGAUAGUGUUAGGUAAUGCGUGGUUAAAGGUACCUAGUACUGUAUAUUUGGCAGCUAUCCAGAGCACUUGGCCACACUUUGAUAGAAAUGGAGUUAAACAUAUGAAAUGCAGUUCACUGCCAUCGAUUCAUUUAAAAGCAGGGCUGUAGAAGUGAAAUAAGGCACAACAAACAGAGCAGACGGAAAAGGUGAACCUGCAGACCUGACCGUUUUAUUUAAACUCUUGUGUGAGGCUGAUAAUUUGCUGUCUAAGGUGACAAUGCUUAGAUACCAGAGCUGGUUUCAUACCAAAGCCAGAAUUUUGGUAUUGUGCUAACAAAUCUUGCUUGUAGUGGCAGUUACUAUACAUAUAAACAGUUUUUCUAUUAUUAUUAAUGUUGCUAUGUGCAUUCUACCUAGAUGUUUUCCUGACAUUCAAAUUGAGCUUUAUUUUUGCUUUUCAAUCUAGUGCAACAGUGCCAUCCACUUUUUCAUCGCCCUUGGUUUUGGAUUUUUCCCAUAGGGACUUUUAAAACGUUUUUGUUAAAGAGUUGUAAGUAAUGAACCAAAGCAACCAGCUACAAAGUGAAUCACAACAUCACAAGAGAGAGACAAUCCCAUGAAGUCCUGAAAAUGAUAUAAAUAAAAAUGACAGAUAAAUAUAGACCAUUAAGACCAGAAUGUUUGAGAGUGUAUAGGUAGUUUCUUACACAGUGUUUCACAGGAGUGGGUGGGGUUUGCUUGCUUCAGUUCUCUGAAUGGUGGAGAUUUCUAUGCAGAAUCAUGGGCAGUAUUCACGCCGUUCACACAGAAAGUGUUAUUUCAUUCCAAUGCGCUACGUUUCAUUUGUUUUUCUAUGUAAACGCGCUAGAUGGAUGUGUAUGGUCGCUGCGCUCCGUGUCUCUUGCAGCAUCGUGCACAUAAGCACCAUGUUUAAGACUCCAUGUCAAUAAAAAUAAUUUAAACUUUUACACACCUCAUCAAUGUAAAUUCUACAACAAUGUACCAAUCAGAAGACCCCGGAGGUGGGGCAAACGUUUGCUUACAGUAGCAAGUUGGCAUGGCAACUGUUUUAUAUGACAGCAACAUGGCGGAGGAAGCAUUCUGUGCUUUGCUUUAUUAAAAAAAAAAAAAAAAAAAAAAAAAACAUUCCUGAGUGCUGUGUCUCAUGUUUUUA